AUGCCACCGAACUCGACACCUUGCGACUACUUUCUGGAGUCAAGACAACGGCGAGACUCCUACACAGCUGCUGGAACACCACCGAGAGGGGAGUUCUCGCCACUGCCAAGCUACUUCAGCCUAUUUUCAGGCAGUGGGAAAGAGAGUGAUCCUCACUUUGGAGGUCCGCCAAUGAUCUACCCCUCUGUCAUGGAGUCAGGUAGUCUGGGAGCGUUCACUCAAUCCUCGAACGGAUCGCAGCUCCCAACUGCCAACCGACUAGAACUGCAGCAACAACAACAGCAACAACAAUUCUGCCUCGUCUGUGGUGACAAUGCGGCCUGCCAACAUUAUGGGGUGCGCACCUGUGAAGGGUGCAAGGGUUUCUUCAAGCGAACAAUUCAAAAGAAUGCCCAUUACGUGUGUCUUCAGACAAAGAACUGCAUAGUCGACAAACGUAGAAGAAAUCGUUGUCAAUAUUGCCGAUUUCAGAAAUGUCUCAAAGUAGGGAUGGUCAAAGAAGGUAAGCGAGCGCAUCCUUACUUGCGUCAACUCUUCUUAAGUCGUGUCACACUGAAUGGAAAAUGUGUUGAACAUUUUGAAAGGUUAUGUUACCCCCUGUUGCUAAAAAAUAGCCAGUUAUUCAUUCCUGCUCAGACGUACUCCUUUCCAUGGCUUUAUCUAAAGAGAGUAAUGGAGCUUGAACAUUGCCAUCUCCAUCCGCGUCCAAUGUCACCUCUUUAG